UGAAAAAUAAGGGAAGAAAAUUGAAACAUCUAGGACAUGUUUAAGUCAACAACGAACGGAUCUGGAAUGACUGUUCUUUCAAAGUGCCUUUCAAAGCAACCCAUCAACUUCAAUGGAUUGGACAAACACACAAACUUCUGAUUCCUUAAUGGGUUUGGAUUAUUGGUGGAAGUCAGCGUUCCUCCCUAUAGUUAAACACAUUAGACCCUGGACAUCAAAACCUGCCCAUAAUCCCCUGUAGACGCACCUACACAGAUGAAUAUAAAGUCCAGGUCAGACAGCACACCGACACCAAACGUCAGGACCAGAGCAUCCAGAACAUCUCUACACACUGAGACAACAUGAACACAACAGCCUCCUUCUCCUUUCUGCUGCUGCUGUGCGGCGUCUCACAGGCGUUAUUUCUCGAGGAGCAGAAGCUUGAUGAUAUAUUAGUAACAGAGCCUGAAGAUGUGGACAUCACUACAAGGAUUUUGGGCUCCAACAAUGGAUCUACUGAACUCCUGAUUGAAGGAGAUCUGGUGUUUCCAAAAACCAGAAAUGCUCUCUUCUGCUUUAACAACAACUGUUUGUGGAAGAAAAACACCCAGAAUCUAGUGGAGGUGCCUUACACAGUGAGCGGUGAAUUCACAUCUAAUGAGAGGACGACUAUCGAGAACGCCAUGAUGACCUUCCACAGCAAAACCUGCAUCCGCUUUGUGCCCAGAUCAUCUCAGAUAGACUACAUCAGUAUUGAGAACAAAGACGGGUGUUACUCUUCUCUUGGUAGAACAGGUGGCCGACAGGUGGUCUCACUUAACAGGUACGGCUGCGUGUACCGUGGCAUCGUUCAACAUGAGUUCAAUCACGCCCUGGGCUUCUUCCACGAGCAAACCAGGAGCGACCGCGACCAGUACGUCAAGAUCAACUGGGAGUUCAUCUCUCCUGAUAAGGCAAGCAACUUCCAGAAACAGAACACCAACAAUCAAAACACUGCAUACGACUACGGCUCCAUCAUGCACUAUGGAAGAACAGCCUUCACCACCCAGGCUGGGAUGGAAACCAUCACCCCCAUUCCAAAUAAGUCUGUGCAAAUCGGACAGAGACAGGAAAUGUCAAACAUCGACAUCCUGAGGAUCAACAAGCUGUACGGAUGCACAAUCUGAGGCUUAUGAAGAUGUGAUGUUAUUGAUCAUUGAAUAUUUAUGUAUGUGGACAAAUAAGGAAAUGAGGUGAUGUUCUUUAUCUUUGAUGGUGUUGGGUUUCUGAAAUAUGUGAUUGCAUUGGGAAAAUAAAGCUA